GUACAGCCCCGUGUUCCUGAGAAAAAGAAAUACUCACUCAAUUCUGAAUUUUGCUAGAUUUUGACACAGACCUUCAAACAAGAAUAAUUAACACAGGUUGAUGUCUUAUUUGACUGAAAAAUCGAUUAAAUCAAUUAAAUGUAAAAAAGCCAAUUGCUGAGCAGUUGGGGACUUUGUGGCCCCUGGAGGUCGGGGACCGGGUUCCUUGUUACUUAUUUGGUAAUCCAGCCUUGGUUUUUGGUCUGAGCAGUUUAUAUCAGAGCGGGUGCCUUUUGAAAUCUGAGCUUGAAUGAUGAUCAGGUUUCCACGAGGUAGAAACUUACAUAUCACGGGUGAUGAUUGAUAAACAAGAUGUCCAUUAUCGUGUUUAUCUACCUGGUGUGUCCAGAUGCUGAGAACCAGCAUGGAGGUCAUCCAUUGGCUCCCCGCCUGACUCCCUCACCCUCGGAAAUAUUCCCACGCAAACUCUUCAUAAGAGGUUAACGGUCUUUAUGUAACACCAAAGCCAGUGGAACAGAUGGAUGGAGGGAUGCUGAAGGCUCCCGAGGGGUAUUAGCGGGGAUGGGGGGCAGAGGCACAGAGACAUCCGACGAGCUGCCAGAGUUUAGUGGAUGAGAGGAGACAUUUGGCAAUUGGACGGGGCUUAGAGGAUUAUUGCUGACACAGCCAAACGCUCCGCCGGCAUCGCCCCUCCCCCUUUGUUUCCCCACCUGCUUGUCAUCUCCAGCUCGCCUCUGCCCAGCUGCCGUCCAGCGGAGCGAGAGGACGAGGAUGCAACACGGGCUUCUCCAUUAGCAGGGGGAGGUGAGCUCGGAGAGGGAGGCCCAACCAAUCAGAGAGGACAUCGGCGCCAUUUGGACGGAGUGACUCCGAGGACAGUGGCAUUAAACGGCCGCUUAUCAUGUGUCUCCUGUUACCGGCCCCUGUCAUCUCCCUUCUUGCCCUUUUGUCCCCACUGUCCCUUUCCCCAUCCGUCGAUGGCUCCCGGUCGUGUCCCCCACACUGCGCUUGCUACGAGAACUCGGACGCGGUGGACUGCCGCUCCCGCGGCCUGGAACAUGUCCCCAGGGGCCUCCCGCACGGAACCUGGCUCCUGGAGCUGGGCGGGAACAACCUGAGCGAGAUUGGCACACGGGCCUUCGCCGGACUCUGGUCCCUGAGGGUGCUGGUUCUGACCGACAGUCAGAUACGGGAAGUGCGACCGCAGGCGUUUUUCUCUUUGUCCUUCCUGGAGAAGCUGGACCUCAGCUGGAACCAGUUAACCACUCUACCUGUCGACUUCUCAACCAGUCUAUCCGGGCUCAGAGAGCUGCGACUGGAGCACAACAACUUACACCAUUUAUCUGGAAACAGCUUCCAGCAUCUGGACAACGUGGAGAGGCUGGACCUCAGCAACAACCAGCUGGUGGCGCUUGGCUUCGGGGUGUUCCGGGGCCUCUCCAGGCUCAGACAGCUCUACCUGCACAACAACCGGCUGACCGUGCUGCGGCACGCGAGCCUGGACAUGCUGCCGGGACUCGAGGUGCUCCAGCUGAGCAACAACAACAUCUCGCGGAUCGAUAACAAUGCUCUGGCGCCGCUCUACAGCCUGGCCGUCCUCGCUCUGGAUGGAAACAACCUGCAGCGCCUCAAGUUCAAGACCUUCAUCUGCCUUCACACGACGGCCACACACAUCCAGCUUUCAGGAAAUCCGUGGAGCUGCGAUUGCGACCUGCACCGCGUCUUCAGCAAGAUCCUGCACGUCCGCCACCUCCACGUCGACGAUUACCGAAACGUGACGUGCCAGGAGCCGCCGCAGCUGGCCGGCGCCUCUCUGGCCUGGGUGGACAGCCGGCUGUGCGUGGCCGAGACCGCCACCGUGCUGGUCAUCACCGGCACCGUGCUGGUCACCGUGGCGGCGGCUCUGGUGAUGGCGGAGAGGACCAGGAAGAGGAACAGUGGGAAGAACUGGGACGCCGAGGCCGAGAAUCAAACCAAUAGCUGACAAGGCGGAGACCGCGUGGGACUGGGGGGAGGGGGGGGGGGGGGGUGAAUAAACUCCCAGAAUCCUCUACUGACGACCAGACAAGACGGCUGCCGUGAAACGGACAAGUUCCUGUGGUAUUUAAAAAAGGCAACAGAAGUCUGCAGGGCCGGAAGUAUAAUAAAAGUAUAAUGUCCUCAUCCACUGACUUUCUUUCCCCAUAUUCUCACCUUGAGCUGCCAAAAUCAGAAAAGUCCAAAUCCUUGGCAUUAUAUCGAAUCGUGUGUGUUUAACAUCGUGAUUACGAUUAUUAAUAAACGCCGUUAAGCCAAUCCUUUUUGGUCUGAGAACCAUUCCGCUGGAAAGUAACAAUCAAUGCAGAACAGCAGAAGAGUAGUAAGGGAAUUCAGGAAUAGAGCAGAGACCAUAGUCCUACUAUUUCAAAUACUGUUCAAAUAAUGGUCCUAGUAUGGUUCAAACGGCAAGAACACAGUUCCCAUAAUGAAAUAAUGCAAUACCAGGCAUCCAAUUGAGUGUCAAGUCUACUCUGCCAUACCCCUUGAGUACAACAUCGGGACUGUUAAACCAACAAAUGAAUCUCCUCAUGCUAAAUCUGUGGUGUGAGCCUCUAAUGUAAUAGCUGGUGGAAUUUAACGUUACGUAAAUAUUUGUUUUUUUAACGUAAUCGCAAAAAACAAACAACUACCACUGCUUCUAAUAAUACUACAAUCUGUACCUAAGAGAUUAAGAUUAAGAUUGUGACUGAACUGGAAUAGAACUGUUAACCCACAAAAUAAGAACCGAAGAUGAAUAAUGUGGGAGAAAUGGAUGGCCAUAAAGAUCUUCUCCAUUCAGAAACCAGGGGUUGAGGGAGAGGAAGACCUGGUAGCUCGGGCAGAACAUUGUGGUUCUGGGCUCAAUACCAUUUAAUGUUUGUUUUGAUGACAAUAAACUUGUCCGUCUUUGCAGCUUGCUUGUUUGUCUCCCUGCUUUGUGGCAGUCUCUGAGCCAUCCAGACACCCUCUUGCUUUUUCUUUUCCCUUUUUCCUUUCUUUCCUGUGCAUAUAAAUUAUAUGUAUGUAUGUGUAUACUUUAUUUCUGAAGUUCUUUGUAUGCCUGUAUUACUUGGGUUGUUACCAACAUCUGGUGAAAAUGUAACAUCGGCACAGGAAACACAAACAGU